GAGUUGAAUGUAAAAGUCAUGCAGGACCCUGAACACACCCACCACAGAGCUGCGGUAAAUGCGAACUAUGGAAUUGCUUUGCCAUAUAUUAAUCAGAGAAAAGCACAUGUGAGUGUUCAGAAGUUAAUAAAAGGGUCCACCAUAUCCAACCUCACUGUUCUGCCAUCUUCUUAUCGCUCUGAUCCCCAUUUUGUCCCUGUACCAGUCUUACAAAAGGAUGCCAGUAAAGGGAUUUUAAGUAUGUUACAACGAGGACUGAUUCCUCCAACAGCAAGGAUUACCUUUCAGAAUCCACCCAUUAAACCCAAAGCAGUGCCUCUGCAUCGUUUUGAUGAAGCCCAUAAGAUUACACCUGCAGUCAGUGGUCACGAUGUCUCACAGAAUGGAGACAGGAAAGUUGACAGGGAGCAGAGUUCAACAGAUCCCUUUGACUCUCAAGGUGCAACUCCACUAGCGCCCACCCACUGCCUCAGCCCUUCUUUCAGAAGAGGUAACAUUGCCCCUCCAUCCACAGCCCCCUUUGUUACACCUCAGAAACUGCCACCAGCAAAUGUGAAGGUGCCUCCGAAGAAACAAAAGUCAAAGGGCAUGAAAAUCAUCACAUCUUCUAGAGUUGUGAAAUUACCGUGGGAAUAUGACUUUUUUAUUUAUGAUGGCGUUGUGGACAAGGCAGCCCCAGAUUUCUUAGCUUUCAAGAAUCAUUUUCAGUUAGCUUGGGGGAGUAUUUUGUCCCUCUUGGAACACAUUGAGAAUUUUCUCCAGGACUAUGCAAUACCAGAAGUCAAAAUAAAAGGAAAGAGUUUGGUGGCCUUCCUUCCAGAGUUUGAGCUAAAUAAUAAACUUACCAGACACAACCUUCUCUCCAUGUUAGAGAACCCAUUUUACGUCCAAAUGCUCAUAAACCUUCCAGGACAGAGGUACAAGGGCCAAAAUGGAAGAGUCAAGGCCGCCAUCACAAUCCAAGCCAUAUGGAGGUGCUACAGAACCAGAAAGUUCUUCCUCCUUUUCCGCCGGCAGAAGUGGGCCUCUGGUGUGAUUGCCAUCGCCUGGCUUUUACACUGCCAUAAGGCACGACUGAAGAAGAUGCUGAAGGAAUCCCGUCAGAGACACCUGGAGAAUUUCCACAUCCGAGCCAAGCAUCUGGCAGCCAACUGGAAUCGCAUCGGGACCUCCAGGAGGACUAUUAUCCAUAUCCCAUCAUUAGGAUAUCCCCAGACUGUUCGAGAACGCAUUGUUGAUUUCGACAUACUACAGAACAUGCAGCUAGGGAGGCUGUGUGACAUCAUAGAUGCCAAUGUGAACGUGAUCUACAUCUGCUCCCAUAAUAUGACCGAUGAGUUAAAGCUGUACUACCAAAAAAUCCUGAGUCUACACGCAGCUGUCAAAUCAGGGAACCUCGAAGACAGAAGUGACCUGCAGGACAGGUUCAAAAUUAUCACCCCUGAAGCUAUAAACUUCUUCACUAAGCAUCACAUGUGCCUGGCCACUCACCUGAUGUACAGUCCCAAGGCAAUCAAAAGAAUAAAAAAUCUCAUCCGAGGAAAAGAAGCCUACAUCGUGGGUGGGCUCCUCCACAGAGAUGAUUUAGCCGUGGCUGAUAUGUUAGAGGUGCCCAUCCUGGGCUCGGAGCCUGAACUAGCUCAACUCUACAGCGCCAAGUCUGGAAGUAAACGGAUCUUUGACAGUGCCAGUGUGCCAAUCCCUCCUGGUGUCUGUGGUGUCUAUAGCUAUCAGCAGAUCAUAGAACAGCUGAGCCAGCUGGUGACCGAUCACUUGCAAAUUCAACGCUGGCUCUUUAAAAUGGACUUGGAAUUUGGAGGAAAUGGGACAGCAUUUUGUGACAUUACUUCCCACCUAGAGUGCUACCAGUGGGUGCUGAAGGAGAGCAACAGAUACGGCUGUGAAGGCUGGAGAAAGAAGUGGGCACAAGUGACCAGCUUUGUGAAGAUCUCCGAGGAGCUGGCGGGCAUUUUAGCACAGCACGCACAGCCAGUCAAUGAGAAACGAUUCCCGACGUGGAGGAAAUUCCUCCAAACAUUUUCUCAGUCAAGAGGCCUGGUUGGUUACUUUUCCAUAGAUUUGUCUGUUAUUGAUCCAAGCCUCCUUGAACAGCAGUAA